GACAUCCGGUGCGCGACCGCGACUAGCAAUUUCCUGCGACGGCCAUUUUAUACGACGCUCGGUAUACUCGAUGUGCUCUUUUAACAACUAGUUUGUAAGAUUGUGUUUAGAGUGUUCGCGAAAGCCGGUUUUUGACAAUGAUAAAGACGGAAGACGGUCAACCACAGAAUAACGAUGACAGAGACAGAAGUAGAGAACGUGAUCGCAAUCGAAGAUCAGAUAGACCAAACCGUAUAAAUUCGGCUAGCCGCGAUCGUAGCAGAGAGAGAAAUGAUCGCAGUGGCAGGAAAGCUUCUGACAGACGGAUAUAUGUGUCAAACAUUCCUUAUGAUUUUCGCUGGCAAGAUCUGAAAGAUUUGUUUAGAAAUGAAGUUGGCAAGGUAGCACAUGUAGAACUGUUCACUGAUGAAAAUGAUAAACCUAGAGGAUGUGGGAUAGUAGAAUUUGAAGAUUCAGACUCAGUAAAAAUAGCAGUAGAUAAAAUGCAUCGAUAUGACAUUAAAGGAAGGAAACUUGUUGUUAAGGAAGAUUUUGAUGUAGAACGCGAUAAGUAUGGUCGUUUAGCCACAGGUCGUAACAAUGAUAGAAAUCGAGAUGACAGAUUCCGAGAUCCUCCUAGGCCGCAAGGGGGUGGAAGGCAAAAUAUGUCUGCACCCAGUGGCGGUGGUGGUGGUGGUAGUAGCGGUGGAGGCGGUGGUGGCGGCGGUGGCGGAGGUGGCGGCGGUGACAAUAAAUUCGGAAAUACCUAUGGUCUUAGUACACAAUUUUUAGAGUCAUUAGGUAUCAAUGGUCCUUUGGUUACAAGAGUUUUUGUCGCUAAUUUGGAUUAUAAAGUUGACGAGAAAAAACUACUUGAAGUUUUUAAAUUGGCGGGAAAAGUAUUGCAUGUUGAAUUAGGGAAAGACAAAGACGGUAAAUCUAGAGGUUUUGGAGUCGUGGAAUAUGAUCACCCAGUGGAAUCCGUUCAAGCCAUCUCUAUGCUUCACAAUCAACAAUUAUAUGACCGACGUAUGACCGUUAGACUUGACAGAGCUAAUGAACCUGACAUGCCACCCAAAUUGCCAGAAGGUUUGAAAGGAAUUGGCAUGGGACUCGGAGCUGGUGGUAAUAGAUUGUUGGAUGUAGCUAGAAACAUUCCCAACGUUCAAGCAAACAGUCCACCAGUAGUAAAUCCGAUUUCGGCGCCUGUUUUAGCGGCAGGCGCUUUUGGCGCCGGUUUAAACAAUGUCGUACCUGCGCAAUUAGCAUCAGCAUUGUCAAAUACGAAUGCCGCUGCUCUUCAGGCUAGUCUUGCCGGCGCCGGUUUGGGUGCCAAUCUCACUACUAGUUCGUUAUUGAAUUCAUCACUGACGAGUGAAUUGGCGUCGAAUUUAAAUAAUUUCGGCGGUGGUGUAGGUAGUUUGAGCGGUCUGCAGGCAUCUUUGGCCGGUGGACAAGGAAACAAUUCGUUUACCCCUCGUGGAUUAUCAAAGUUGGACAAUGACAUAGGCUUCGGUGGUAACAAUGCCUUUGGCGGUUCCAAUUUUGGUGGCAGUAGUAGAGACUUCGAUGGCGGAUUUAGUAGAGGAGAUGGCGAUCGAGUUUCCGGCGGCGGUGGCGGUGGUUUUUCCGGGAAUCAAGGCCAAAGUGGUGGCGGUAAUCGACAAAAUUCCAAUGGUUCACGUCCAAUGUCAGAUACCAUUCUUAUAGGCAAUCUACCUCCAAAUACCACAUGGCAAAUGCUACGUGAUAAAUUUCAAGAUGCUGGAGAAGUAAAAUUUGCAGAAAUGAGAGGUGCAGACAUGGGCAUGGUACGAUUCGCAUCUGAAUGGGAUGCUGAGCGUGCUGUAACUAUGAUGAAUCGAUCACGCAUUGAUGGCAGGACGAUUGAUGUGCGUCUAUAUUAAAACGCCAAGAGAUAGUCUCAGACGGAUUUAAGCGUAAGGAAGAUGGGUGUUUGUGUGUCGUCUGUGAAGGAUUGUUCCGCUCCUGGUGACAAUACUAGAAAUUCAUUCUAGUUAUCUGGCAGAGAACUUAGGACAGUGAAUGCGAAGUAUCUGUCUUCAGAAGAUCAGCAAGUCGUGUUUAUGUGAUGGCUACUCAACGUUGAAACAGUCGUGUCGACUACUGACGAUCACCCUUGCAUCCCCUCUCUUUACCGUCUCAACUUUUCGAUUCUACAUUGUUUAUCACCAAAUUAUCGUUCCUUUUUACAGUGGAAGUCUUUACUCUAAUUGUUCACUUCUUAAAUCAGUUUUUUCUAGCGAUCGUGACUAUAGUUGCUUAGGCUUAGGUUUCAUGAUGAUCUUACUGUAAAUCAGUAGGUUUCUUUUCAGUGUGUAGGUUAUUUACAGUUACUAUUUACAGGUUAUUUACAGUAAUUAGCGAAUCUAUAGUCUGUAAGUCUUUACUUCUUAGUUAUCAUGACGAGAGACUGAUCGGUUCUCCAUCGUUCCGGUCUAAAGUGACGCUUUGCUCGCUUCACAGCUGGGUCCACAAACAAGGGGUAGAAAUCGAAAGGAUAAUCUUUCGAUCGUAAAAAUGCACUUUUAACGCUAUAAAAUCGUUAUUCGCUCAAACAGUUAAGAUUCCCGGCUUGCGAGAUAUAGGCACGCUCGUUUGCAAUCUUAUAUUAUGCAGAUCGUGAAUUAUGUGUUGGAUUUUCAUCGCAUUGUUCGUAUUUUCUUAUGCGUAAUAAAAGGCAUAUCGUGAUGAUUGACAGGGAACAGCAGCGCUUCGUCGCCACGAUUUCUGCGAAAUCACACAAUUUAUUAUUAUUAUUCUUAUUAUUAUUAUUAUUAUUAUUAUUAUUAUUAUUUGUUUUUUUUUUGCUGUAUCACAUUCGUACUAUUGUCGCUGUAAACAAUUUAACGACCUAAGUGCAGCAUACGAGAAAUUUUCUAUAGUCCAUUUUUUUAGGAAGAUCCUCUCUCGGUUCACACUCGCUUCGAGACUUCGGCGAACAAACAUUGGAUACCUUUAUAACAUUGGAUGAUUAAAUUCGGCUAAAUUGCUCAGCGUUUUAUGCACCGUAGUAUGUUUACCAAAAAAUAAAUUAAGCUUCCUGACUUGAAAUAUCAAUUGUCGACUGUUUAAUCUUCUUGUCUAUUCAGUAUGUAUAUGAAAGAGAUUUAAAUUGUUUCAACAAUAGACAAGAUUAUAUAUUGAAAUAUUUCCAUUAUUUUUUUGGUAAACAUUACUCCUUUCUCUCUCGCCAUGUAGAUCUCGAGGAACAUUCUGUGCAUUGUAUAACCACUCUUGUAUAACCGCAAUCUCAGUGAUUGAAUAAAAUCCAAAUUCGUUUUGACUACAAAAAAAAACAUACUGGUCGUUGUGUUUUAUUUCUGUGCUGUUGUAUGAAUUUUUAUUAUAAUUUUUUAAGUGGCGCCACACUCUCUUAUGUCGAUUUGUACGGAUCUUGUGAAAGUGAGCCUAGCACAUGUUUAAAUGUAAUGCGUUUAAAAAAAAAAUCGACGAGUGUCCUACAAACGCAUUGCAUUUAAACAAACAUGAGUCCAUUUGUUUAUUAACGCAUCUUUAAAUACAGAUCGCUCUCCUGAUUAUCUUCCGCAUAUUGGGACGUCAAUAAUCUGCGCAAUGGGAAAAAAUGCUCGUUCAAACAUCGCAGGUGAGAUACUUUUUCAGAGGUACUUUUUCUCCCCCGAUUUUCGAAGAGGUUCUAAGAAGAAAGAGAGAGACGGUGUGUCCCUGAUUAGCAACAAUUAUCUGUUCUGUCAAAGUUCAUUAGACAAUUUAAAAACAAAGCUUGCCGGGGAAAUUCAUCCGUAUAUGUCAUAAGUAAUGUUCUUCGUCUCCAAUAGCUUUUAAAUAGUAUUUUUAUUGUACGGACGAAAAAAUGAGCUGAAUCGAUGAAUUUUAAUAGAAAGGUGACCGAGAAAGGGAUGAUUAACACGGAAUAUAAUUCUCAUCGUUCUCCUAACGUGGUGCGGGUGAUUCUGUGUGUAGAACUGUAGAAUUAUGGAGGUCGAUGGCAAGAUCUUCUAUGUGUAUCGAUUUGUAUCUAUUCCAAUGCAUUAGUUUUUUAUUACAAUCUCUGUCGAUCUGUAUCACACAUGCGGGACUUCGCAUCUUUCCAGAGAGUUUUAAACACAAUAAUUCUAUGGUAAGUGUGUUCCUAAACUUCUCCGACGUUUUAUCUACAACUGACGGUAGAAAUUGGGAAAAUUUUUUUAUGACUGAAUCAUCCUCUCCAUUGGCGUUUAAAUUAAAUUCCCACGAGUUCGAAGAGAUGUGGUAUCGUCCCUUUUUUUGUUAUCAUUAAUGUUAGUCAGGGGCUCCGAUAUAUAAUACAAGAGUUGUCCUGUAUUUUCGCACUAAUAGGUCCAUCGAUUUCAAAGGGAAUAUUUGUUAUCUUGCCACACAUUGUGUAAUAUAUUUACGAGAAAAGCAUUUUUUUUCCUCAUAGAGUGACAUAAUAUAUGUACAAAUUACUGUAUCGUAAGGAAUACUUUUAUUAUAGUGGGACAUAUAAAUACAACGUGGAUGUCACUAAUUAUUUCCACAGGUCAGAUCGAGAGAUAUUUAUUCCAACGUGACAAAUCAGGUAAGUUUUAACAGCCGACAAACAGUCACCUCACGCAAAUAUGUUGUUCUUCCAGGAAAACUAUCGCGAGCCACGUCGAAUUUUGCGGGACGGUAAGUUGCAUAGAAUAAAAAAAAAGCGAGCAACGGAAUACUUUUACAUCUGUAUUGUUUUACUCCGUCUAUCUUUACAUUAUAAAAUAGCUUUCGAUACAGGGAUUAAGUGCAAAGAUACCGUCUUUGUAGAGAAUUAUAAUGCACGUCUUAGUGUAGCAUGAUAAUGAUAGAGUUAAUGAUUGGUAAUAAUAUGUCAAUAAUAAGAUAAACAAUUUGAAUGCAACAUGUAAAACUUAUAUAAAAUCGCGUAACACGUAUAUACGGAUCAUUUCAUGCAAAUUCGUCUUUAUGGUGUAAACAGUCGCGUUUGAUAAAAGAGUGUAAUAUCGUUCACCUCGAAAGCAAAAGGCACCUUGAACAUCACAUACUCAUUUAUAUGUAUUGUAUGCAAUUUUGUAGUGACGUGUCUCUAUAUAGUUGAUAUAUAUGUAUGAAUUAUGGCAUCUUUUUGAAAUAAAGGUGAAAAAAUU